CCAUAAUCAAGGGCAUUUCUGAGGCGCAGCUGUCGGCUGAACCAUGAUUCCCGCCAACGCACUCAUAAACACUAUCCAAUUGGGCAAGCCGAAGCGUUCUGGUGCACCCAAAAGUCGCAGUGGCUGUAUCUCGUGUAAACGAAUGCACUUGAGAUGCGACGAGGCGAAGCCAGCGUGCAGUCGAUGCGAAAGGUCACAUCGACUAUGUCGAUACGGAGAAGCUGCACAAAAGGUUAUCCAACCCCUCACACAACCCAAAGUCCUCCUACCAAAACAAGGGUUUACGAGUCAUGAAAGCUUUCCCCUUCUUCUGGCUCAACCUAGAUCUUCCAGUCUAGAGCCCCAUGAAGUACCCUAUUUCGAUCUCUUUCGUUAUCAAAUGGCCCAUGACUUUGGCUACACCCCUUGCACCCUUUUCUGGAACAAAGUCAUACCGCGGGAAGCUAUGAACGAUGACUGUGUAAAGUUCUCUGUCUUGAGUGUCGGCGCGCUCAUGCAAUCUCUUUAUCGUCUUGGUCCAAGGCCAUAUACUGGCCUCAAACCUUUCUCGGACCUCUCUCGGGCAUCCAGCGACCCAACGUAUCGCAUCGCUCUCCAUUACCACUCAAAAGCAAUCGCUGCCUUACAAGCCAGAAUCAAGUCCAACUUCGCCACUGUUUCCCGACGGAAUACGCUUAUAAACAUGUUCAUCCUGUUUCUCUUCGAGCUAAUGCACGGGAAUACAGCAACAGCUGAUCGGAUGCUUACAAGCAGUGUUGAGCUUUUGCGACAGAAAAAAGAUCAAUUAGCGGAAGAAGUCAUGGAAGGGUUUGAACCCCAGCAAGAACCUGUCUACACAGCAAUCUCCAACGACGAGGGUCUGGAUCAAGCUGAACGGAUUCUUCCUCGUUUGCAAGUCUUCUUCAGCUUGAACUCUUGUUUUUUUCCCUUGCAGAGAGACUGCUGGUCGCGCUUUUCUACACAAGCGAUACCUUGCACGGUCCCUUCAGCAAAGACUGACUUCAACCAAUUUGCCGCUAUGUGGAAUAGUUUCAUCACUCGCGCUGUGAUCUUCGUGGUCAAGAUAUUGCAGGAUCGUUCAUACUGCGAUGCAUUCCAUAGAGCGUCUUUGAUGGCACGCCGAGAUAUGUUUCUCAAACAACUUCGCCAAUGGGAAAUUGUCAUUAUCGAGAGACUGGACGUUGAAAAAGACACGGUUGCUAAAAACACAACCAAGACAUUUCACGUCGGGCAAAAGGUUGUCUAUAUCUUGCUAAACUGUUGCCUUGAUCCUAUGGAGACAGAGUACGACAAGUAUGACAACGUCUUUGCCGAAAUUAUGGAAAUGAUGCACUCUGUCGAGGGUACUUCGGGUCCAUUGACUCGAAUCGAGACAGUCUUGGACAUCUACGUUCUGCCCGUCCUCAACUUUGUAUCCCAAAAGUGCAGGAACAAGGCCAUCCGAUUGGACUCUCUGAACCUAUUCGAAAAGAUGACAUCUACCAUGGGCGGUUGGGAGACCAGGGCCAGUUUGUUAGCGCGUCGACAUCUUAUGGCGAUCGAGGAAGAUGGUCGCGAUGAGAACGGUGUUAUUCCUGCGGGCUGUAGAUACAUAUGGACUGAUGUCUCGUGGGAUAAAGAUCAGUCUUAUCUAGACGUCUACUUUCACGAGGCUGGCAAGCGAAUAUUACAGACGAGGUCAGAUACGGAGUGA